CUAAAGGUACACCACUGGUCACAUGUCAGUUUUGAGGUCUCACCAAUUUUUGGAGACAGAAUGAGAAUGCUCAGCUUGUGAUCCCUUAAAACAAAAACUACCCACACUGGCAAUACCAUUUCCUACAAAAUUGUUAUCUAUUGAAUUCGAUAUUUGUGCUGUGGAGACAGAUUAGUAACACACUAGGUGGGCAUUAAAGCAAGCUCAGUAAAGAAACAAUACACUGACUUGAAUCUAUCACCUGAGAAACAUGAUACAAGGGAAAUGGGGUUGGGUUGUGGACCCUUCACACUUCAACAAAGAUGUAAGAUGGGGAAAAUUGAACAGGCACAGUGGUCCCAAGCACACAGAUAAUAUAACGUUAGAGCCUUUCCUGUAGAAUUUCUGCCUAUUAUAUCUUUUAAGACCAGCUACAAUAGCAGAUAGUGAGCUCAAACUUUUAAGCGCCCCAGAAUUAUUAAUCAGGCUGAAUGUUUUGUAUGUGCAGAUAAGGGGGAAAAGAACAAGAAGCUCCAGUGUGAAGAUGGAGAAGGCAUCUUAAAAUAGAACUGAGAUGCUGCAGCCCUAAACUUAUAACCCAGCAAUUGAUUUCUCCCCAAUUGACUGACUGUCCUCCCUCCAAUUUUCUUUCUUUUAUUGUUUAUCCAAGUGGUCAUGAACAGCCACUGAGAGAUUAUAUAUGAGCAAUUGAUGGAAAGCUGCAUCCUUUGUUAAAGAUCUAUGCAUUUGCCUUUGAGUGUUCCCGUAUUUCCCGAAUGGCAGCCAAGAAUCUAGCAUCCCUGGAUGCAAUCCAUUCACCUUUGUUUCUCAGUGGCCUAGCAGUCUCAGCAGCUAGAGAGGUGGAAUAAUUAUUCAUUUGGAAAAAAAUCAGCCCCUAUCUUAAGUUUUAAGAAUUCAGGGUAACUUAAGAGGCACAUGGUCUGAGGAUACAGUAGGGUUAAGAACGUGAUUACAAAUUCUCUCAAAUUUUGCCAUUUGUAUAAGGCUCACAUGCUAUUCGUGCUCUUUUUAAAAAGGCAAUUGUUGGGGGUGGGAGGGAGGAACUCAACCAGAAAAUUCUGGCAACCUGUCAGCAUUAAGUGAGAGAGAAUUAAGUCUGUAUUACUUGAGAGAGAAUACUUUUGCCCAAACGAACUUAUAAGUUCCACGCCCUCACCAGGCUGUGGCCUAGCAUCCAGUGUUGCUUGUGUUCCUUUUCUUUGUGAUGUCAUGGAUCCUGUGUUCCACUAAUGAGAGGCAGUUAGAAAAAGAAGAGGAAAGCUGGAUUCUGCUCUGCAGGCAAGAUGGAAGUCCUGCUUCUGCUGCUUCUCCUGAUAGAAUCGGGGCUCUUGGUACCAAAUAAUCAAAGAAGGACUGGUCAACCUGUCCCCAAGGAGUUCACUGCACCCCUGGAGCUUCAGCAGCAGCACUUCGGCUUAGUUGACGAUUAUGGCAUUAAACCAAAGCAUUUCAGCUUCCGGACACGGGCCUCUCGGAAAGAAUCAAAAGAACUGCAGAAGACACACAAGAGUAAGCGGGAUGAACCUGAUUUUGAGGAGUAUUAUUACGAUGACAUCCUUUAACAUGCUAUAAAUGCCACCUUGCACCAGCUAUUUGAUAAAGAUGGGAAAUAAAGGCCUCAGCCAGAAAUCCCUCUCUCACUUUCACAUCCUUCUUUAUUGCACAAGGUUGCUGAGUUUCAGUUCUAUCUGUUCCAUGUACCUGUGCUACAAGCACAGUCCUCGCCCCGGAUUUUGACAACCUGAGAUCCUUAGCUUUCCUCUUAAGCGUUUGGUGGGUAAUUAGCAAGCUGCACUAGUGGCUACAGAUAGGCUUCUAUUGCACAGGUUGUUGUAUUGCAAACACAGCUGUACUUCUGCUACAGUCCCUCCACUUAGCCUCAUUCCUGCUAUGACCUUUCUGGCUACAAUCCAAAUG